AGAGAUCAAUAUAGAUUUGUUCGAUCUACACAAUGGGUUACUGCUGAAGAAUAUGAUGCAUUUGAACAACAAUAUUUAGAAAUUACACAGAGACGAUCUCAAAAAUGGCGAACAUUAUUAGAGGAAAACAAUGGUGAUUGGCCUCCAAGGUCAAGUAAAUUCAAGCGAUAUGUAAGAAAAGGUAUCCCUCCUGAGUUUCGAUCUCAAGCUUGGUUUCAUUAUAGUGGUGGUCAGAAAAAAAUGCAAGCUCAUGUUGGUGUUUAUCAAGAAUGUGUUGAUAAGGCUAUGGCUAUGGGAUUAGACAGUGAAUAUCUCGAUAUCAUAGAAAGAGAUCUCCAUCGUACUUUUCCUGACAAUGAUCUCUUCAAAUCAAAAAACUCGAAUGCCUCUGCUGCUGCUGCUACUACUGUGCCUCCACGUCCUCAGGAAGAUGAUAUGCCUGCCAUACAAAAAUUACGAAGAUUACUAUACGCCUUCUCAGUAUAUUCACCAUCUAUUGGUUACUGUCAAUCCUUGAAUUAUAUUGCUGGACUACUUUUAUUAUUUAUGGAAGAAGAAGAGGCAUUCUGGACAUUUGUGGUAUUGAUUCAUGAUAUUCUCCCACCCAACGUAUAUGAUACUACUAUGGAAGGUGCAAAUAUAGAUCAGAAUGUUUUGAUGAUGUUAUUAUCGGAAAGAUGUCCACGUAUUUGGCAACGUUUGGCGGAUGGAAGAUCAUUUUGGGAAUGUGAAGAUCCAAAUGGUCUUGGAUUACCAACAAGUUCUUUGGUGACAAGUCACUGGUUUCUUACUUUAUUUAUCAACAUUUUACCAACAGAGUCUGUUCUUCGUGUUUGGGAUUGUUUAUUCUAG